CAAAAAACAGACAUGACUGGCAGUAAUGAAGUCAACCUCAAUGAAUCUAAGAGUGUUGUCCCACUCAAUACUUGGGUGCUUAUCUCCAAUUUCAAGCUUGCUUACAAUCUACUAAGACGUGCUGAUGGAACAUUCAAUCGAGAGUUGGCAGAGUUCCUUGACCGCAAGGUCCCCGCCAAUUCAAUACCCGUUGAUGGGGUAUUCUCUUUCGACCAUGUUGAUAAAAAAACUGGCCUCUUCAAUCGGGUGUAUCAACCAGCUCCUGAAAGUGAGUCACGGAGGGACAUUUUAGAGUUGGAGAAGCCACUGAGCACAACUGAGAUUGUUCCUGUGAUAAUUUUCUUCCACGGUGGAAGCUUCUCUCAUUCAUCUGCUAAUAGUGCUAUCUAUGACACUUUCUGCCGCCGCCUUGUGACCAUUUGUAAGGCUGUUGUGGUUUCUGUUAACUACCGGCGAUCACCGGAGCACCGGUAUCCAUGUGCAUAUGAUGAUGGCUGGGCUGCGCUUAAGUGGGUUAGAUCAAGGACUUGGCUUCAGAGUGGAAAGGAUUCUAAGGUUUAUGUGUACAUGGCUGGGGAUAGUUCUGGCGGUAAUAUUGCUCAUCAUGUGGCUGUGAGAGCUGGUGAGGAAGAUAUUGAGGUACUAGGUAUUAUUCUUCUUCAUCCAUUGUUUGGUGGGGAGAAGCGAACUGAGUCAGAGAAGAAACUGGAUGGAAAGUACUUUGUGAAGUUGCAAGACCGUGACUGGUAUUGGAGAGCAUUUCUUCCUGAAGGGGAGGAUAGAGACCAUCCAGCUUGUAACCCGUUUGGCCCUAAGGGUAAAAGCCUUGCAGGACUUGAGUUCCCCAAAAGUCUUGUUUGUGUGGCUGGUUUGGAUCUUCUCCAAGAUUGGCAAUUGGAAUAUGUGGAAGGUCUCAAGAACUCUGGCCAAGACGUUAAACUUCUUUACCUAAAGGAGGCAACUAUUGGUUUCUACUUCUUGCCUAAUAAUGAUCAUUUCUAUUGCCUCAUGGAGGAGAUGAAGAACUUCGUGAAUUCUAACUGUUAAUAUACUGCUGUUUAACCUUACCUACAGGAGGCCAUACAUAACUAAAAAGCCUAAAAGCCUGACAUUUCACUUGGGUUCUCUUUUUUUCUAUUUUUGUAUCUUCUCUUCUUCUUCUUUUUUCUUUUCCCUGCUUUAUAGUGGUGGUGUGUAGUUAAGAAAUUGUGUAGUUUUAAUCACUGUAAUAACAUCUAUGGUGGUAAAUCUGAGCUUUCUGUAACCGGUGGACUACUGCUUCCUGUUCUCUGCCCAUAUCUUUUGAAGGGUAGCACCAGCUUCAGCAGUUUGAAGUACCAGAGUUCAGUUCAUUUGUGGGGUUUGGCUGAGCCACCGUAUACAAAGCUUUCCCCAUUUAACUUUUUCGACCUCAAUGACAAGAGGUGAGGUACAAGAUAGGGCGUGGCUGAUCACUAUGAUCAAGUGAAUGCAUUUGUUGUGUCACUUAUUACUGAAUGGGAACUGGAGCAGAUCCCAUCCUGUUACGAACUUGUAUGUUACAUGGUUAUAUAAAUGUCUUGUUUGUUUGCUUUUCAGUUAGAUUUUUCUCCAGGGAGAAGCUAAUGUUGUAGUGUUCUAUGUUACAUCCUGCUAUAAUUCAAAUUAAGUGGUUUGUACUUCUGAACACAAAUUUCACAAACGGUUUAGCUUUGAUUGUGAAGUUUGUGCAAAAAGUUGGCUGC